AUGUCUUCAAUCAAAAAAAUUAUUGAUUCCGACCAGCCUGUUGAUGAUCAUGCCAACUAUGGUUCUCGCACCGCCUCGGGAAAUGCAAGAUUAUUCAAUUGUAAGCAAUGUAACAGGGCAUUCACCAGAGAGGAACACCUCACAAGGCACACAUUACUGACACACAACAAAUUAAAACCCUUUGUAUGUGGGAUAUGCCAUAGGCCAUUUCUGAGAAGAGAUUUGUUGUUGAGGCAUGCGAAAAACUUGCAUCAGGGCUCUGAGAGAGCCGUUAGCAGAAUACGAAAACUGUAUAAGCGAAGCGCGAGGGAAGACCAAAGAAUUGGUGCUGGGGACGAUGAAAACGAUGCAGAUAAUGAGUCCGAGCAACUGCCACCAGGAUUGCAUCCACAAUUGCACCACCAACUUCCUUUAGUGCAGCAAGUUCAAGGUCCCGACGAAGAAGACGAUGAACAAAGGCUGAUGCUGCUGCUGCUGUCCAUGCUGCACCAUCUGCAGCUGGAAAUACCCAUGCAGCAGCUGCAAUACAAGCAUAUACCGCAGAGUGGAGCUGGCCAUGUUCAAGGAGAACAAAUCGAUGGUAUACGACUUCAAGAGGGCCAAAUAAUGGCACAAGGUUACGACACACCAGAGAAAAAGAGAAUGAAAAUGAGUGUAAACAUGUUGGUUAGCUAA